CGAGCGGUUCGCUGGCGUCCUCGCCCCCUUGUCUAGAUCAUUGUCGUUCCCUCUCCCCUCAGCUUCACUCUGUCGUGCGUUCGAGAAGAGCAAGUGCGCGCCGUCAGGAAUAUCCCUCCCUCGCGUUUUCGUGUCGUGUGCUGCAGCCGAGAGAGCGGCCUCUCCGGGCCCUGGCGCAGCUCCAGGAUACCCAGCAACCUGGCACAAAUGCAGUGAGGAUGCCGUCGCUGCUGGAAGCGCUGGAGCUGAAAUAUGGUGAUACGCCGGCAGACAAUUGUCUCACGGAUGACGAGAUCGAACCUCCGGUUCUUAGCGGUUCACCCCGUAGUACGGCCUUGUCAGUCAGCAUUUUCAUACCCAAGAAAUCGCCUCGGCAUACUGUGCCAGCUUUGCUCGUACUCCAGGACUGUGACAUCGAGUGCGCAGGCGCGGACGACGAAAAGCUACGCAACAAGUGCAGGAACGUCGAGGAACUCGACCUCGCUCAAAAUAAACUCUCCAAAUGGGACGAAGUUUUCGGCAUACUGCGGCACAUGCCCAAGAUUAAGUUCGUUAAUCUGAGUUUCAACAGCCUACCUGAGGCACUCGAGGUUAAGGAUGGCAAAUACGAUGCACUCCGUAACCUUGUGCUAAAUGGUACACGGGUUUCGUGGUCCACCGUCCAGGGUCUUGUUCGCUUAUUGCGCAACCUGGAGGAGCUUCACUUGUCGCUGAACGAAUACAAAACAGUAGAUCUUGGCUUCGAGAAACCAGAGAACUGCAACCACACAUUAAAGAAGCUUCAUUUUACUGGUAAUCCAAUCGAAUUCUGGUGCGAGAUCGCAAAGCUCGGCUACGUAUUUCCAAGUUUGGAGAGUUUGGUGUUAGCCGAGUGCCCGAUCAGAUCCUUGGACAUUGUGGAGAAGGAGAGAUUCGAGAACACGGAAAAUGAAGAUACGGAAAAUAUGAACCACAUUGUUGAGAGAAAUGGUGGACUACAUCUAGAAAAUGGAUUCACUGGUAAAGAUGUCUAACUAUUAAAAAAAAACGUUAAGAAAAUGAAACAACAACAGUAUUUUCCAAUUUUAGGGAACAGAAACUUCGAGGAGGACGGCAUGAUGCCGAAUUAUUGUCGAACAGAGUCCGAAUACAAUUCGGGCAAUACUAAGGUCAAAUCAUCGCACGAUCCUUUUAGAAUGCUCAGGUUUCUUAAUGUUAAUGGCACAUUGUUAUCCACAUGGGAUGAUAUUGAGAAGAUCGCGCGAUUCCCUGCACUGAAAUCGUUGAGGAUUCAAGGAUGCCCCUUGUUCGAGAGUCCACGUGAGUACACGGAACACGAGAGACGUCAAUUGUUGAUAGCCCGGCUGCCGAAUGUCGAGACCCUGAACGGUGGCGGCGUCAUCUCGUCGCAGGAGCGCGAGGACGCGGAGCGUGCCUUCAUACGAUACUAUAUGGAUAAACCGGAAGCUGAGCGACCAGAGAGAUAUGCGGAAUUGGUGGGUAUUCAUGGGAAACUCGAUCCACUUGUACACGUCGAUUUGACUCCGGACAAGAGGGUUAAAGUUAAAUUUACCUAUGGAGAUCUGGUCGAGGUAAGAUCAGUGGAUGUUUACAGAACUGUAUUUGAACUGAAAACUAAACUAGAAUCAAUGGUAAAAAUUCCUGCAAAUCGUAUGAGGCUAUUUUACAUCGAUCAGGAAUUGAGAUCUCAAUACGGCCCAGAAGAAAUGCUGUAUCCAAAUAAGCAGCUCUAUCGGUAUAAUAUUCGUAACGGGGAUGAAAUUAUUAUCGACAGUAAACUGAAUCGCUACGUUUCGCACCCGAACACGACGACCCAACAACAAGAUCAGCAACAGUCUUCCAUUCGUUCCUGAGGUCGGUCAUGUCAGCGCUAAAAUCGGCGCUUGUGUAUCCGAAAACAUAAUCGUAAAAUGACCGACUAAGUGAGUAGCAGCUCGAUGAUCCGAGGUGAAAGUGUUUAGUGAAAGAAUAAGUGCGGGACCGAUGAAAAAGUGAUUUUGAUAUAUACUUAUGUUCUAAGUAUUAACUUCGUAGCAGCUGGAUUAAUCACUUGUGCGCGUUCAUAAAAUGCCGUCCGAUGAUCGACAAAAUAAACGCACGAUUUUUAGGUAAUUCUGAGGAGUGCGAAAAAUUCUGUUUUACCGACGUGGUAUUUGUUGGUAUUCCAACAGUUUUUUAAGUUGCCUGAUAAUGAUUUUUAUGAA